UUCACAACAUCUCUUGUGCAUGCCGUUUUCAUCUGUCGGGUUUGCAGUCAUUGCAUUUUGUGUAAUGGAGCAAGUUUUUGGCAUUCUCAAGACUAUCUGCAUGGUCUUCAAAAUAAGUGAUUAUACUUACUACACAAUGGCUCUUUGGGCUCCCCCGAUCUCAAUUGGUUGUUCGGCAAUCGGUGACAUUCUCAUCGCUGGUACUUUGGUCUAUAUUCUUCACCGUAAUAGAACUGAAUCACCAAGAACCAACCGAAUGAUCACGAAAAUCAUAAUAUUUUGCUCACAGACGGGCUUGGUAACAAGCGUGGCGGCAUUCAGUGCUCUUGGAAUUUGGGCAGUCUUCAGUUUCGUUAUCAAACAUCUGUAUAUGUGUUUUCCUAUGGGAUGCUUAUAUGCUACAUGUCUUCUCGCUAACUUCAUUGCCCGGGAGUCCUACCUGCAGCCACAGACAGUCCACGAACUCGAGAUCUCCAAAAUCAGUUGGGCACAUUUCACAAAGGACUUGAGUUCAAAUUCGUCUUCAGACACAAAAUCGGGGCAGCAGGAGACAUUGACAAUGGAAGAAGGCAGAAGUUCCGACUCCUGCAUACCGAAAGCGUUUUUAAAAUAAAUUAGGUUUUGGUUAGUGUUCCUUACAUCUAUACACAAUACACGAGAGUAUCACGUCAAACCAUUUGUAGCCUUGAAUACUUCAUUGUUGAAAUAAAAGGGCCUUUCCAUCGAA